AUGUAUCCUUCCUCUAGUUUGUGGCUCGUGAUGAAGCAGGAGAUGGCGACGGCGAGGUUGACAUCGGGAAUGUUCACAGUCGACGCAGCUACAGGGGUAGUAAGAACAGCAGUAAGACAGUACAAGGAAGGGCAAAUGUAUCGUGUACUGGUGCAAGCUAUUGACAAAACACCUAAGGAUAAUUCAACGAAACAGGUUGGAUGGAGUUUCAGUGACCACAAGUUACUAGUUGAAGAAUCCGAAGUAGCGAAACUAGAAAUUUUGGCCGGCGAUCGUCCACCACAGUUCCUUCAACAGCAUUACACUGUUUCUUUGGCUGAGGACAGUCUCAGAAAUUUGUUAAAUUUUAGUGUUGUCGACGUUCGAGCUCAUCGAUUCCGGGCGAUAGAUGAUCGUAGAUCAAAAGGAGAGCUUACCUACUCUCUCUAUGGAUACCAUGGAGGUCAACGUGAGGAAACCUCCGUGUUUGGGAUCGACCCAAAGAGCGGUGUGAUUCAUCUGAGAAGACUUCUCGACUACGACGAUCCAUCACAGACGAAACUGCACAAGCUGAUUGGUAAGUUGUUAUCUGUAAUCUUUUUAGUAGACUUUGCAAAUUUAUUGGUGAAUUCUCAAAAUCCUCAAAAUCUUAUUGACAAUCAACAAAGCGAAAAAAUUGUUCGCCUAUAA